AGACAACUAGGACCCGAAGUGACGGUCAUGGAGGCGUCCCAAGGGUUUGUGGAAGCCGAGGCUUUAAGCCCAGAGCAAGCUGCCCUUUAUCUGAGAUAUGUGAAAGAGGCCAAAGAAGCAACUAAAAAUGGAGAUCUGGAAGAAGCAUUUAAACUUUUCAGUUUGGCAAAGGACAUUUUUCCCAAUGAAAAGUUGAUGAGCAGAAUCCAAAAACUACAGGAAGCCUUGGAGGAGUUGGCAGAUCAUGGAGAUGAUGAAUUCACAGAUGUGUGCAACUCUGGCCUGCUGCUUUAUCGAGAACUGCACAACCAACUAUUUGAGCACCAGAAGGAAGGCGUAGCUUUCUUAUAUAGCCUAUAUAGGGAUGGAAGAAAAGGUGGUAUUUUGGCAGAUGAUAUGGGAUUAGGGAAGACUGUUCAAAUCAUUGCUUUCCUUUCUGGUAUGUUUGAUGCUUCAUUUGUGAAUCAUGUGCUGCUGAUCAUGCCAACCAGUCUUAUUAGCACAUGGGUAAAAGAAUUUGUCAAGUGGACUCCAGGAAUGAGAGUCAAAACCUUUCAUGGUCCUAGUAAGGAUGAACGUGCCAGAAACCUCAGUCGGAUUCAGCAAAGGAAUGGUGUAAUUAUCACUACAUACCAAAUGUUAAUCAAUAAUUGGCAGCAACUUUCAACCUUGAAUGGCCAAGAGUUUUUGUGGGACUAUGUCAUCCUUGAUGAAGCACAUAAAAUAAAAUCUUCAUCUACUAAGUCAGCAAUAUGUGCUCGUGCUAUCCCUGCCAGUAAUCGCAUCCUCCUCACAGGAACCCCAAUCCAGAAUAAUUUACAAGAACUGUGGUCCCUGUUUGAUUUUGCUUGUCAAGGGUCCCUGCUAGGAACAUUAAAAACUUUUAAAAUAGAGUAUGAAAAUCCUAUUACUAGAGCAAGAGAGAAGGAUGCUACUCCAGGGGAAAAAGCCUUGGGACUGAAAAUAUCUGAAAACUUAAUGGCAAUCAUAAAACCCUAUUUUCUCAGGAGGACUAAAGAAGAGGUACAGAUGAAAAAGUCAAGCAAGUCAGAGGUCAGACUUAGUGAAAAGAAUCCAGAUGUUGAUGCCAGUUAUGAAAUGCCUUCUCUUCCCAGGAAAAAUGAUUUAAUUAUUUGGAUACGUCUUGUACCUUUACAAGAAGAAAUAUACAGGAAAUUUGUGUCUCUAGAUCAUAUCAAGGAGUUGUUAAUGGAGACACGCUCACCUUUGGCUGAGCUAGGUGUCUUAAAGAAGCUGUGUGAUCAUCCUAGGCUGCUCUCUGCAAGGGCUUGUCAUUUGCUGAAUCUAGGGGCUGUCAUAUUCUCUGUUCAAGAUGAAAAUGAAGGGAAAGAUUCCUCAGAUGUGGACCAUAUUCAUAUUGAUCAAAUAACUGAUGAUACACUGAUGAAAGAAUCUGGAAAAAUGAUUUUUCUAAUGGACCUGCUUAAGAGACUGCGAGAUGAGGGGCAUCAGACUCUGGUGUUUUCCCAGUCAAGACAAAUUCUAAACAUCAUUGAACGCCUCCUAAAGAAUAGGCACUUUAAAACAUUGCGAAUUGAUGGAACAAUUACUCAUCUUGUGGAACGAGAAAAAAGAAUUAACUUAUUCCAGCAAAAUAAAGAUUACUCUGUCUUUCUGCUUACCACUCAAGUAGGUGGUGUUGGCUUAACAUUAACUGCAGCAACUAGAGUGGUCAUUUUUGACCCUAGCUGGAAUCCUGCAACUGAUGCUCAAGCUGUGGAUAGAGUUCACCGAAUUGGACAAAAAGAAAAUGUUGUGGUUUAUAGGCUAAUCACUUGUGGAACUGUAGAGGAAAAAAUAUACAGAAGACAGGUUUUCAAGGAGUCAUUAGUAAGACAAACUACUGGUGAUAAGAAGAACCCUUUCCGAUAUUUUAGUAAACAAGAAUUAAGAGAGCUCUUCACAAUACAGGAUUUUCAGAACUCUGUAACCCAGCUGCAGCUUCAGUCUUUGCAUGCUGCUCAGAGAAGAUCUGAUAAGAAACUAGAUGAACAUAUUGCCUACCUGCACUCUUUGGGGAUAGCUGGAAUCUCAGACCAUGAUUUGAUGUACACACAUGAUCUAUCUGUUAAAGAAGAGCUUGAUGUGAUAGAAGAAUCUCACUAUAUUCAACAAAGGGUUCAGAAAGCUCAGUUCCUUGUUGAAUUUGAGUCUCAAAAUACAGAGCUAUUAAUGGUAAGACAAAGAACUAGAAAUGAGGGGAUCUGUCUGAGAGAACCUUUAUUUCCUUCUCAAACAAAGGAGAAAUACCCUGAAGUGAAUAAACCACAGCCUCAGCUUUCACCUCUUCUAACUACUCAUCAUACCCAGGAAGAAGAAAUCAGUUCCCAAAUGGCAAGUGUAAUCAUUGAUGAUCUCAAAGAGAAUGAGAAAUACUGUCUUUCCAGUGCAAAGACGAACGUUACCAUUGUACAGGAUGGUAGACACCCACAUGAAUGCACAUUUGAUGCUGACUUUGUAGGUACUUUACCCAAAGGGUGUGGAAGUGUAGAAGAAAUCUGGACCAACUCUUUAUUGGGAAUAGAUCUACAAAAAGAGGCAUCACAAGAGGGGCCUACACAGGAGGCAUUGCAAGAGAACCCUUUGGGAAGUUUUAAUUAUUUACUUAGCAAAUCUGUCAGAGCUGAUCUUGGGCCAAAUAUAGAUGAACUAAAGAAUGAUGAAAGUUUACAUCAGUGUAAUCCCUGGCCCACUAAUCCCAUAACAAAUGAAAAUCAAAAUACAGAAUCAAAUGCAUCUAUUAUUAAAAUAGCUGAUGAUAACUUGUCAGCUUCCCACAGUGCACUACAGGAUGCUCAAGUAAAUGAGGCCAGGUUGGAAGAGGAACCUUUAGCAUCUUCACCACAGUAUGUGUGUGAUUUCAAUCUUUUCUUGGAAGACUCUGCAGACAAUGGACAACAUCUUUCCAGUCAGUCUUUGGAGCAUGUUGAGAAAGAAAAUAGCUUGUGUGGCUCUGCAGCUAAUUGUAGAGCAGAGUUUGUGCAUAGCAAAGCAGGUCUCAGUAUGGAUCUUUCUGAAAAAGAUGAUGAGUCAGAAGUAGUUAAUGUGAGAGUCAAAAGUAAAAGUAGAAGGAUUGUUUCAGAUGAUGAAGAUGAACAUUAUACUUCUAAAGAUACUUCAAGCACAAAUCCAUUCAGCACAUCUCCUUUUCAGUUAUCUAUAAAACAAUUUGAUGCUUCAACUCCCAAAAAUGACAUCAGUCCACGUGGAAGGUUUUUUUCACCUAAAAUACCUGAUAGUAUAAAUAAGUCUAUAAACUCUAGAAGAUCCCUGGCUUCUAGGAGGUCUUUUAUUAAUAUGGUUUUAGACCAUGUGGAGGAUAUGGAGGAAAGACUUGAAAACAGCAGUGAAGCAAAAGUAGCUGAAGGUACUCUGGAGGAAGGAGCCGAGAAAAGCGGUGGCGAAGCCUCAGAGUGUACAGAAGAGGAACCUUCCAGAGAAACCUUGUCUUCAGAAAAUAAGUCCAGCUGGUUAACCACACCCAAGUCUGGUGCUCUAGCUCAGGAGACCUCUCCUGGUGACCCUGGGCCUUUGUCUGGUGGACAAUUGGUUGAUUUUCCUCAGGAUAAGGCAAUGGAGACUGUGAAUGACUAUGAGACUCUUGUAAUGCAUGGAAAAGCACUGAAAGAAUGUGGGAAAAUACAGGAGGCCUUAAACUGUUUAGUUAAAGCACUUGACAUAAAAAGUGCAGAUCCUGAAGUCAUGCUCAUGACUUUAAGUUUGUAUAAGCAACUUAAUACAACUUGAGAAUAUAACCUGUUUAUUGUAUUGUAAAGCGAAACUGAGUAUGAGAUAAUUUGUUAUGAUUGGAUUUUUGGGGAUCAUGAAACAUUCAGCUUAAGGUGAGAGGUCUCAAAACGCAAGUUUUUGUUUCUAACUUUUUUGUAAAUUCUUCCUUUACCCCCUUCUGCCCUCCCAAUACGUAUAUUCUGGUAUUCUUUGAGGCACACUCUAUAAACUUAAUAGAACUAUAUUAUUUCUAGAAAAAUUUUUGUGAAAUUAUUCUGGCCAUUGUAAAUUUUAUUCUGAAAGUGAUCACUUUUGUAUAUCACAGUAAAGAUUAUUAAAGUUACUUUCUCAA